CCCACCGCUGCGACGGUCCCUCGGACGCCGAGCGCACGCAAAGUGUAGGGGUCCCCGCCGUGAGGAUGCCAAGUAUGCUCACAAGACACUAAGCCCGAAGCGCCUUGCUGCACAGCUUACACCUUGUCGUGGCCUUGCCUCUGGGGAAAAAAAAGUUUGGGGUCUUUGUCCGAAGAUACCGCCUUGGGCAGCCUCGACUAUAUGUAACCCCGCGUUACCCCAGCUAGAACUUUUGGAGAGAAACCUUCAUCUUUACCAUCCUUUUCCUAAACGCUGCUUGAGCUAAGCUACAGGCUUUUUUUACUUGAAAGCUUUUUAAUUUUGCGGCAGCACACAUACACACAUACAUCAUGGCUUCCCCAUCGAUACAAACGGAUACCACUACCAUUGCUGGUUACGAAAUCUAUCCUCACAUUGAAGCUUUCCCACAGGAGAGUGCCCAGGCCCCCCGCCCGGUUCCUCACCCGCUGGACCAGCUCGAUAUUAUUGAGAUUUCCACCGCCUGCAAGAUCAUCAAGGAGGCGCAUGCAAAGAAGACAAAAUUCAACUGCAUUACGCUUCAUGAUCCCCCCAAGGCCGAGUACGCUGCGUUUAAGCGCGGCGCGGCUCCCCGACCCGUCCGCAAGGCCUUUGCGAUUGUCCUGGAAGAGGGCACCAACAACACCAGCGAGGUCAUUGUAAAUCUCAAGACGGGCGAGAUUGAGGACUGGAAAGAUGUCACUGAUGUCGCUGCCACUCUUACUCUUGAGGAUCUCGACGUUGUCGAGGUUGCCUCACGCAAGGACCCCCGCGUGAUUGCGGCCUGCGCAGAGAUCGGCAUUACCGACAUGUCCAAAGUGUACAUUGACGGUUGGGCCAUCGGUGUCGAUAAGCGUUGGGCUUUUGAGCGCAGACUGCAGCAGGGUCUUGUGUACUACCGCAACUCGGAGCUGGACAACCAGUAUGCCCACCCUCUGGAUAUUUCCAUUGUCGCUGACACCGACACGGGCGAGAUCCUCGCCGUCGACAUUGCCUACGUCAACGGCGAGCGCACCGCCGCCCCCCUCGUCUCGCACAAUUUCCUUCCUGACUUCAUUGCCAACGGCUACAAGACGGAUGUGCUCAAGCCCAUUGACAUUACGCAGCCCCAGGGCGUGUCGUUCCAGGUCCGCGGCAACGAGCUCGCAUGGGCCGGCUACAAGAUGCACAUUGGCUUCAACUACCGCGAGGGCAUUGUCAUUUCCGACGUGACCAUCAACGAUCCCUACGAGAACCGCGAGCGCACGCUCUUCAACCGCAUCUCCGUUGUCGAGAUGGUGGUCCCCUACGGUAACCCGGAUGCCCCUCACCACAAGAAGCACGCCUUUGACGUGGGCGAGUACGGCACUGGCCUCAUGACCAACUCGCUCAAGCUCGGAUGCGACUGCAAGGGCGCCAUCCACUACCUCGACGCCAUCAUGUCGACCAACUCGGGCCAGGCCGCCGUUCUCAAGAACGCCAUCUGCAUCCACGAGGAGGACAACGGCAUCCUCUACAAGCACACCGACUACCGCGACGGCACCGUCGUCGCCGCCCGCGACCGCAAGCUCAUCAUCUCGCAAAUCAUCACCGCUGCCAACUACGAGUACGCCUUCUACCACACCUUCUCCCUCGACGGCACAUAUAACCUCGAGAUCAAGCUCACCGGCCAGCUCAACACCUACUGCAUGGGCCCCGACGACGUCGCCGCCCCCUACGGCACCCAGGUCGCCGAGAGCAUCACCGCCCACAACCACCAGCACAUCUUUUGCCUGCGCGUCGACCCCGAAAUCGACGGCCCCAACAAUUCCGUCGUGCAAAACGACGCCGUCAUCUCAUCCUCGCCUACAGGCUCCGCCGCCAACCCCUUUGGUAAUGCCUUCUACUGCAAGAAGACGACGCUCCGCACGGCCAAGGAGGGCGCCACAUCGUACUGCCACGAGACAGGCCGCAACUGGGACAUUAUCAACCCCAACGUGAUCAACGGCGUCGCCAAGAAGCCCAUCGGCUACAAGAUCAUCAACAACUCGUGCCCGGCCCUGCUGGCCCAGCCUGACGCCGUUGUCGCCAAGCGCGCCCACUUUGCUACCAAGACGCUCUUUGUCACGCCGUACAGAGACCACGAGAAGUACCCGGCGGGCGACUACGUCUGCCAGUCGACGGGCCAGAUGGGCCACCCCUUCAACCAGACCAUGGCGGACUGGGUCGAGCGCGACGAGAACAUUGAGAACACGGAUAUCGUGCUCUACAACCAGUUUGGCCUGACGCAUUUCCCCCGCACCGAGGACUUCCCCGUCAUGCCGGCCGAGCCCGUGGGCAUCAUGAUCCGCGCCUCGAAUUUCUUCCAGAAGAACCCUGCGCUCUGGGUGCCUCCUAGCACCGUGGCCAAGGACGUGACGUCUCGCGCUGCGUUUGCCGCUGCUGCGAAGAAGAAUGCUUCGUCCGGUGCCGGCGCUUGCUGCGGGUCCAAGAGCCAGUCUCACCUGUAAACCACGACAUUAGGAAAGUUGUAUUUGUGCAUGACGGAGGAAAAUUCAUUCCAUACUUUUUACAGUGUACAUAAAUAGCGUUGCAUAAUUCAUUUCAUUCGUAAUA